AUGUCUUCCGCCAAGCUUUUUCAAGUUGCUGAUCUGGCCUGUCUAUUGAUCAUCGGACUCAUAAACGCUCUUUUGGGUCUGGUCAUUCCUCCCUAUCGCCGCGGAUUUUUCUGUAAUGACGAUAGUAUCAAAUACCCGUACAGCAGCAAGGAGAGCCUUCCAAAUUGGGUGGUAAUCAUUGUGUCGGUGAUCGUGCCAGUUUCGGUGGUAAGUUGCUCGUUUAUUCUUGUUUGAAAAUAGCCUCAUUAAGUGUACGUUUCUCAACGCGUCCGCGUACGAACAUUUCUCACAGAAGGGUGUCUUCUGGGAAAGACGACGUAAUUGCGUGGGAGCCUAAAGAGAUGGCAUUUCUAAUACAUGCCUUUCAUUGUAAUUGUUCUUGUUUCAACAACAUCAACAACCUUCUACCGAAUAAAUAAGUUCCUAUAUUCCAAUGAAUUGAUCUCGUUUGCUGACUUAAGCUAGCGUAUAUCUUUAUUCAUGCUGUGUAAUGUUUCUGAUAUUGUUUGAACACAGUUGGAUCCUACAAAAACUUUCUGUUGAAAAUCUAGAACCCUAGCUUUCAACAGGGUAAUAGAAAACAUAUUUCCUGCCUUGGCUAGUGCUUUCAUUCCAUGGGUCGCUGUCUUGAAAGAUGACGUAGUUUUUGGAUAUAGUGAUAGAAAGCCAAUAAAAAGUUUGUAAACACGAAAAUGAACUGGAAAGAUAAAUAUCUUGCAGAAUAUGGUUAUCAAACUAACUAUUCCUGCACUAGAAAGACCUUUUGUUUCUUUUCCGAUUGAUGGAUUACUUUGAUUUUCAUGGACAUAAGCUUUUCCAAUUACAUUAAAAACUUCUUUUUUUCCGAUUUUUAAUCCUCGGAUGCGUAGUACGUGUUUUUUGAACGUUAACGCUGCUUCAAUAUUAAAUGAAAUCCGGUGUGUAUUACCUCAACGACCUUAAUUUAUUUAUGAGCGGUUUCCGAUAAAAAUCACGCAAAGAAAAUACUGGCUGCCGGCUUGAAAUAUAUAGGCCAGGGGUCUUUUAUCGCAAUGAGGCUUUUCAUGAGCAAUAUACCUUGCUGAAUAUAGUUGGAAAAUCUUUAUACAAAAUUCUCUUUUGGCAUCUGUCCCUGUAUUAAAGUACCCCACCCCCUCCCCCCUUCUUAUUAGCAGUUGAUGUUUUUUAUGUCAGUGUUUUUAAAAAAAAUGUGUUUAUUGGAAGCUUUCAUGUUAUGAAUUUAAUCCCUUUGAGCGGCUCUUCUUAAAAGUGCAGAUAAACAUAUCUCGUGUUAUCUUGGUGUCUGGGAAUGAUAAAUUUACAGAUCACAUGAGUGAGAUAACUGGUAGAAUGGCUUGGCACUAACACACCCCUUAAAUCUGGUCCCUAAAGAUAACUUACUAUAUUUAUGUCCAAGAAUUAAUUAACUAAUAAUUAUUCCCUGGAAGAUUUAGUGACCUCUAAAUUUAAGCCACUUAAAUAUUUCUAAAUUUAAAACUUUGAACAAGUUUUAUUACUUCCUGAACAAGCCUUUAAUAUACUGAUACAAACAAGCAAGUCUUUUUCCAUAAUUAAAUUUUAAAAUUGACUUAACGACUAUUUCCUUCUGUACAUGUAGUCUUCACGUUAUGUUUUAUUACAUAGUUCAGUGGUGUUAAAGAAUUUUAGUCCAUAACUCAAAUAGAUUAUUUUCUUCAUCCAACAUAUUUUCAAAGAUUUCACAGAGCUAAGAAUUUUUUGUAGAAUGCUAUUAAUUCUCAUUAAAAUUCCUUUUGAUCAUAACACCAUGGUAUUUUAAAACUUAGAAAUGCUCAGAAAGUAUUUAGAAAGAUAAAAACAAUUCCAACCAUGAGGUGGUAAAAUUUUACAUAUCUAGAAAUACUUACAGAUCUGUCAAAUCUGUUAUUCAUGUAUAUUCUGCCACGUUUGAGAUAUCUUUCCAUUGGUACAUUACUGGUUAAUUUUGUUUACCCUUGAUGCCCAAAAUAGAAUUUUCUUUCCGUGAUUAGCAAUUUGUUUAGAAGAGUUGAUUUAAUAUUGUGAAUAAGUGGCUGAGCAUAGAAGCCCUCAAUAAAUAUUUGAGUGGUUUAACUGAAAUGAAAAAUAAUGAAAGAAAGAAAUUAGGUCCAGUUGAUGACAGGCUUCCCAAAAGAAAUAAAAAUAUAGUGUGACGGUGAUUGUAAGGGCUUACUUGCAUCAUUAAGACUUAGAACUUUAUAUUGUUAAGAGUGACUUCGCUUUAAAUCAUGAAUCAGACAAGUACAGCAAGUGUUUUGGAGUGACAACUAAGUGAAUUGGGUGGAAAAAAGAAAUUCUGUAUUACAUACAAGACAGUGAGCAAUAAAUGUUUCACACUUAAGUGAGGCAAUAAUUAAAACUUCUUUACUUUUACCUGGUUUUCUUUGCUGAAAGCUAUUGAGAAGAGGAUUCUAAAAAUUUAUCAACCUAUACUGCCGAACUAUUUGAUCGUUCCCAGCUUAAUAUAUGACUAAACUAGGGAGGAACAUGUGGCUGGUGGGAGGCACUGUAGAUUUAAAUAUAGGAGAUGGUGCAGUUCUAAGAUUGCCUGCUUGCUGGUAUUGAGGUCUAAGAGGUCAUUUUAGAAAGAGCAACCUUGGACUUUGUAACUCCCUACUGAGAGCUUGCUUGAAGGCAUCUCAGCUUUCAAGCAUGCUCUUUUACAAAGCAGUUGUGCUAAAAGUGGGCUUGUUUUCAUUUCAUCUUGCCUGCUAGGAUUAUGUUUACCAAGCAAAAUAAAAAUAGAGCCUGAUCUAGGGUUAGCUUGCAAGUAUUAAAUAUCAGCACCAUAAUGCUGUAUGCAGCCAUAAGGUUAUACCACCCAGUGCAAGGGAAUAGGGACACACAAAGUUUCACAUGAACACAUUGCCAUUUGUCUGUAGAGCAGUUCAGUAGCCACGUAUUCUGUUGCAGUGUUUCCACAGACAUGUCUAUUUUUAAACUGAUCCAUUAAAUUUAGACUACUACAUGUAUGAGAAAAAAUGAUCCAGAAUGCAUCCAAAAAUAAACAGGUCUCUGAAAACACCAUGACGAUUAGAUGUUGCAGGUUUUCUAGGAACUUCAUGCAUUAAAGUUAACAAUUAUAAAAUGAUAACUAAUGCCUACUUAAUGUCAAUUUUUUUAGAUCAUCAGCUGUGAAGUUGGAAAACACUGGUACAACGGUGACCUUGCGAGACAACAAUAUAGCCAAGACGGUGAUGAAAACUUACUUUGUGGACCUUACACCAAAAAACCAGUAUUCCAGAGGUAAUGAAAGUCUUGAACAAUGUGCAGCCUAUAAAAUAUUUCAGGAUGAUCCUGUUUAUUUGGAACCGCUUGUAAAUUAAUAAAACCACACACAAUGGUUCUUCUUUCUAAACUAAGCUCUUAAUUUGAUAAAGCAACUAGCAGUCUGAUAAAAAAAAUAGAUACUUGUACAAAGCAUCUGCCGAAAUUCAUUUGUAACGGGACCACAGUGAUUCCGAAAUGUAUAAGUGAACAUUCGUGAUUUGGUAAGUUAAUCCAUUAAUGGCUUUUCCUUUGAUUGGUCAGUUUAAAUUAAAAGUACCCUGACUUUCAGUUAAUACGGAUUUGUACGUCUGACCCUUUGAGCUGUUAAUAAAACCUUGUUAAACACUAAUUGUCAUGUCUUGUCUGUGGUUUCAUUAACACACCCAUUUCAAUUUUUCUUUUGUCAUGCAACUUUGUUAGUUGUAAACUUAGCAGUCUGUCAAAAGCAUAGCUGGUUAUGUCUGGAACAUACAAAACAAUCUUCCAGGAAAACUAGACUAGCUAUAGCCCAUGUAACAUUUUCUCUUACAUACUUUAUGACCUACUAUCUUAAUUGAAAAACAGACUAGUGGUAAAAAGAUGUUUGGACAUGUUAUGUAGACUAUGUACAACUCUCAGGAUUUGAUAAAAGAUUAUCUUUUACCACAUAAAUCCCUCCAAAAUUUUAAAACCUGAGUUUAAAUUUUGCACAUUCCUUUUUAGAGGGCUUUGACCAUAAAAUUCAACACUUUUUUUAAAUAUAAUAAUAAUGAUGAUGAUGAUGAUGAUGAUGAUAAUAAUAAUAAUAAUAAUAAUAAUAAUAAUAAUAAUAAUGAUAACAAUAAUAAUAAUAAUUCAAUUUUAUUAUUAUUUUUAUUAUUAUCAUCAUCAAUAUAAGUUUGUAUAUUCAAGUAUAGCCCAUAUUAUCUUGCCUGGUCUAUUCUGACAUUAUCGAAUGCUGCAGGCUUCUAGUUAUUUCAACUGCAACAAUGCUAACUGCAGAUUUUCUUUUCUUUCCAGGGUUUUUAAAAUAAUCUAUGUAUUCCUAUAUGGUACUCUGGUCAACCUAUUAUUUACCCUGUUUAUCAAAAUAUAUGUUGGCCAACUGAGACCCCACUUCUUAGCUGUGUGCAAACCAAACAUGAGCUUGAUUAACUGUAGCGAUGGGUACAUCACAAACUAUGUCUGCACUGGCACAGAUGAGGCUGCAAUUGAAAGAGCAAGGUUGGUGUGAAACUUAUACAUGCAAGUUAAUUAAUAUUCACCCUUGAAACAUAUUGGAAAACCUUUGGUCAACUAACUAGCCAAGGAAAUUAAAGUAUGUGUGUAUGUCUUCACACUGAUUAUUUUUUUUAGUUAGAAAAUUAAAGUUCCCUGCAAUGACUGAGUCACAAAAAAAGGAAAUAAUAAAAUGAAAAUUAAAUAUAUAGCAAAAUAUUGUUUCAUUUUGUGAGCAUGAUAAGUCAGAUCUGAGUGGAAUACAGUCACGUGGAAAGUUGAAAGUGAGGCAUUGUCCAAAGAGCUGCCUCUUGAUUUCACUUUAUCUUUCAUUUUAAGUAUCAAAAAUCUUUAAAAAAAAACGUCAUGAAGGCGCGUGCAAAAGAUUCUGUGAUUGCAAAACGUGUGAUAAAAAGCAAAACUAUCUAUAUCAGCACCUCAAGAACUUCUUAAGAAAUAUAGAAAAUGGCCUCUUGAGGAAGUAGCUGCUAAACAAUAUUAAAGGAAAACAGAUGAUAACAAUCAUUAGAUACUUGAAGGAUACUGGUCAUGAAUCAACCAUAAUGAAUAUGUACAUGAUUGUCCAUGUACUGUUAGUGCAAUCACGAAAGGAAUCAAAAGGUGCUUUUCUGUUACAUUCUGAUGUUCUUAAGUGGGUCCAUGAACAGGGUUUAUGAUAUACACUGGGUUUAAUUGGCAGGAAAUGGGUUGAGUUACAGGAACUUUAAUCACACCCACACACUUGUAAAUUAAACCUGGAUUGCAAUAGAUCAAAUUAACCCCUACAAAAGGUUAUGGAUAUGGUUAAGGGCUGGGUUGAUUCUGUCCAGUCUGAUCCAGGUUUUGCCAUGGCCCACUCUGUGUGUCAUAUGGCUGGUGUAAUUGUAAUAAUAUUUACAUGAGCCAUAAUAAAUUUCGACCCUUCUCACCACAGACCCUCCAGUUACUCAGUGGUUAGAACAUCUUAAAUACAAAAGGGUUAUGAGUUCGAUUCUCACCUGGAGUUUAGCAUUUUUUCUUGCGCUUUCUGCUGUUACAUUUUUCCCUCUUCCAAAUUAUAACAAAGUUUUGACUUACGGCUUUAAUAAUGUUACACCAUCCACCCAAAUUUUUUUACUUCACAUUGAUAAAUUUAGAUUAAUUUGAAGUUGCACAUUUGUUUUAUAGGAGAUCAUUUCCUUCUGCACAUUCAUCUGGUACCAUGUAUGGCAUGCUCUUCUUAGCAGUAAGUAGCUAUUCUUUUUCUGUCAGCUCGCUAUUAUUUUGCACCCAAUGUUAACCUACUAAGAGGCAGCCUACAUAUUCAGUUAAUCAGUGUUCAUCAUAAACUGAUAAAAAGCAUGUCAUGUUAAGAAAACACGCUGGGAAAUUAAACAUGCCUUCAUAAAUGUGCUCCUUAUGUUGUAGCAGUUUACAAACCCUCAGAUCAACAAGAAGAGACCCAAAAACACAAAAAAGAUUUAUCCAUACACAACCCCCCAAGUUAAAGGUUUUGCUCAGUCGCCAAUUAGCCAUCAACUCUUUUGGUUUAGGGAGACUUUUUUACAAAUCAAGUCACCAGCUGCGCCAUGGCGACCAAAAUGGUCGCAACUUGGAGGGUUGAUACACAGCGUAAGAAGCAUGUCAAACAAAAAAUUAUUGUCAUACUUGCACUCUACAGUAGUUAGUAAUACAUACAAUACUUAGUGCUUGUGAUGUUUGUUCUUGCAGCUUUACUUUGAAACACUGUUCGUGUCUAAAAACAAGGGAUUCUUUCUGAAGCCAUUCAUUCAGUGUGGAUGUAUUAUGGUGUCGCUGUUUUUUGGACUAAACAGAGUGCGAGAGCAUAUGCAUUCAUGGACCGAUAUUUCAGCAGGUUUUGCCCUUGGAGCAGUCAUGGCUAUUUAUAUGGUAUGUCCCAAUUAUUGAUAUGUCCUCUUUUUUGCCUAUUUUUCCAGGGAUUAUAAGUCAAUUAUCAUAAAAUUACCCAACACUAAAAAAAGGUUAGGGAGGGACCAUUUGAAAAGUUAUGGGGAAUUUUCGAGGCGCAUGAAUUUUUUUCAUUAACAUUUCCCUUGCAUGAAAUUUUUUAGACCAGAGCAGGAAUAUUUUAUAAGGUCUGGUUCAGAGGCGGUACUUUUCAUGUGCCGAACUGAAUUGAAUAAGUUUGACUUUAGAGUCACACUGGUGCGACAUCUGAUUCAGACAGCACACUGUGUGUCGAGUCUAAGUUAAUUUCAACAGACUAUUGAUGCUUCUGCCACACAAAACUAAAACUGUCGUACCAAAUUGCUGUGCUUAAUUCAUCGGUUGGGUUCGGCACAUAAGUAGAGCAGCAUCAGAAUAUGGCCUAAUGCUACUCGGCAUGCAUGAAUUUUUUUUUCAUAAGAAUUUCCCCUUGGAUGAAAUACUUUUUGUACCCCCCUCCCCCCACCCCAUCAGUAUUCCAAUAGUACCCAGUUUCUGUAGCAUGAAACACUUAUAGUAUAGAGUGGUUUCACUCACAUGGCCAGCAGCUAUAUGCUAAUUUAUUAGGAUAAAAAGAGGUGUUAACCCUUUAAGCCCUAAUAUCAAAAUUCAAAUUCCCAUUUGCUGUCCCCAUACAUUUCCCAUAAAAGUAGUAAUGAGAAGUUGUUUAAGCAUCAACUCAUUAUAAUUAUCUUGUGUGAUCAUCUCCUUAACUCUCAUCACCAAUCUGUUUCAUAAAGCAUUAAUAUCACAAGGAGAAUUUUGAUACUGAUCACACUUAGGGCUUCCAGGGUUAAUUAACAUUAAAAAGUUUCAACCGCCUCAGAAUAAGUGACAAACCCCCAAAGUCAAGUAAUUAUUAUUUUCGCCAUAUUUGUUAGAGAAAUUCACCACAAUCUGUAAUAAAACUUAUAAAAUUGGUCAUCUGUUAUUUAAUGAUUACUCUUUUGAUAUCUAGCUUAAUUUUUACUUCUCUUUCCUUUUUCAGAUGUUCCGAGUUCUAAGGCCAGCUGAAUUAAGUGGAAAAAAACCAGCAAAAGUAAAUACACGCAGAGAUGUAUUAAGGACUUCUGCGGAUAACAAUGUGUUCUUGCAAAAUUCACCAGUUAGCAAAGAAUUCAGAUUCACUCCAGAACUAGUGAUUGUACCUUGA